AAUUUAAAUGCAAUUUUUUACUACUAGUUGCAUAAUUGUAUCGAUGAUUGAAUCAAUAAAAUUCAGUUGACAUGUGUAUACAAUCGAGAUGAGACAUUUCGGUUUGCCAACAAUCUCUCUCCUAACCUCUUUAGGGUAUCACGUAUUCUUGUGACAGUGUUAGCUCAUAACUACAGAGAUUCACGUACUAAAUAACCUGAAGUUAGAAGCAUUUUCUUUGAAUUUAAGAAAAUAUUACGCGUCUGCGAACAUUCAUGGGAUAUAUCGUGUAAAUCUACUUAUUUAAUAUCAUCCAAAACAUGUCGAAUGUACACACGGUAAAUAGUAUCGUUAGUAACAGAAAUCGCGAUUGUCUCGAAUGCAGACUAUUGAGCGGUGGUGGUCUUGUCGCCGCUGGCUUAUACGUCUGUCAUCAUUCCAAACAACAUCAGCAUCAAGUGGGGAAAGCAGCGAUGUAUUCGAUUGCCUCUGUGCUAGUACUUCUUGGCACAGCUAGAAUUUUGGACUUACCACCUUUUCAAAAUAAAUUCAAGCGGAGCUGAGCAAUAAAUCAAGUCACUUAAGUAAAUAUACAAAUCCACAGCACUUUGUAAUGGUUGCAUAAAUAAUGUGAGUGUGAUGCAAAAAUA